CUGCCGGCCGCCCCUCUGCCCCGGCGGGAGUCCCGGCGAAGGUCUGGUGCGACGGGGCGAGCUCAGGCACCGGGGGCUGCGGAACCCCGAGGGAAGGGCGCUGCAAAACCUCCGUCUGUCUGGUUUUCAUAGCUGUGGUUUCGCAGCGGCCCUGUUUUACGUUCUCCAGGCUGAGAACUGGUUUUCGCUGCUGAGCUGCGCGCCGCGGUCUCCAGUAAUCCCAGACCGUACCGUUACUCCUGUGGCACCUCCUGUCUCAUCAGUUGAAGAUGAAGACUGUUCUGAUGGUCGCGGAGAAGCCUUCUCUGGCUCAGUCCAUUGCCAAGAUCCUUUCAAGGGGAAACAUGUCCUCUCGCAAGGGGCUGAACGGUGCCUGCUCUGUGCAUGAGUACACCGGGUCCUUCAUAGGGCAGAGUGCCCAUUUCAAGAUGACCUCCGUCUGUGGUCACGUCAUGACUUUGGAUUUCAUAGGAAAAUACAACAGCUGGGACAAAGUGGAUCCAGCAGAACUCUUUAGCAAAGCUCCCACAGAAAAGAAAGAAGCUAAUCCCAAACUGACCAUGGUGAAAUUUUUACAGGUGGAGGGAAGAGGCUGUGAUUGUAUUGUCCUGUGGUUGGAUUGUGAUAAGGAAGGUGAAAACAUCUGUUUUGAAGUUCUUGAUGCUGUUCUUCCUGUUAUGAACAAGCCUCGUGGCACAGAGAGGAUGAUUUACAGAGCUAAGUUCAGUUCCAUUACUGACACAGACAUCUGCAAUGCCAUGAAUCACUUGGGAGAGCCCAACCGCAACGAAGCUCUGUCAGUGGAUGCCCGCCAGGAGCUGGAUCUCAGAAUUGGCUGUGCGUUUACAAGAUUUCAGACUAAAUAUUUUCAGGGGAAAUAUGGGAAUUUAGACAGCUCCCUCAUCUCCUUUGGGCCAUGCCAGACCCCAACACUUGGAUUCUGUGUUGAAAGGCACGACAAAAUCCAGUCAUUUAAGCCUGAGACUUACUGGGUGCUGCAAGCUAAAGUGAACCCUGAAAAAGAAAAUUCUCUCACUUUGGAUUGGGAUAGAGUGAGAGUCUUUGAUCGGGAGAUUGCUCAAAUGUUCCUGAACAUAACAAAGAUGGCAAAAGAGGCAAAGGUAGAAUCUGUGAGUAAAAAAGAGAAGGUGAAGCAGAGGCCACUGGCUCUGAACACAGUAGAAAUGCUACGAGUGGCCAGUGCUGCUUUAGGAAUGGGCCCUCAGCAUGCCAUGCAAAUAGCAGAGCGGCUUUACACGCAGGGUUAUAUCAGCUACCCUCGGACUGAAACCACCCAUUAUCCAGAGAACUUUGACCUGAAAGGGUGUUUGAGACAACAAUCCAAUAAUCCUUACUGGGCAGAAACUGUUAAAGCAUUGCUAGCAGAAGGCAUUAAUCGUCCCAGGAAAGGCCAUGAUGCAGGAGACCAUCCUCCCAUCACCCCAAUGAGAGCUGCAACAGAAGCAGAAUUAGGUGGAGAUGGGUGGCGACUGUACGAGUACAUAACUCGGCACUUCAUCGCCACGGUCAGCGCUGACUGCAAGUACCUGCAGACCACCAUCGCCUUCAGUAUUGGCCCUGAACGUUUCACCUGCAUUGGGAAACUGGUCACUUCACCAGGCUUCACAGAAAUUAUGCCCUGGCACAGCAUCCCAUUAGAAGAGAGCCUUCCCCACUGUGAGAAAGGAGAUCUUUAUCCAGUUGGUGAAAUCAAAUUGCUGGAGAAGCAAACCAGUCCUCCUGACUACCUGACAGAGGCAGAGCUUAUCACUCUGAUGGAGAAGCAUGGCAUUGGAACCGAUGCAAGUAUUCCAGUCCACAUUAACAACAUCUGCCAGCGAAACUAUGUCACAGUGGAGAGUGGUCGGAGGCUGAAGCCUACAAACCUUGGCAUUGUUCUGGUUCAUGGUUAUUACAAAAUAGAUGCAGAACUGGUUCUUCCUACAAUCCGCAGUGCCGUAGAGAAGCAACUCAACUUAAUAGCUCUGGGUAAAGCAAAUUAUCAUCAGGUCUUGGAGCACACCCUUGACAUUUUCAAAAGGAAAUUUCACUAUUUUGUGGAUUCUAUUGCAGGUAUGGAUGAGCUGAUGGAAGUGUCCUUUUCACCCUUAGCUGCCACAGGUAAACCUCUUUCGCGCUGUGGCAAAUGCCAUCGUUUCAUGAAGUAUAUUCAGGCCAAACCAAGUCGUCUGCACUGCUCUCACUGUGAUGAUACCUACAGUCUCCCACAGAAUGGGACCAUUAAGCUCUACAAAGAGUUGCGCUGCCCCCUAGAUGACUUUGAGCUGGUGCUAUGGUCGUCUGGAUCCAGAGGAAAGAGCUACCCACUCUGUCCGUACUGCUACAACCACCCUCCUUUCAGGGACAUGAAAAAAGGAAUGGGCUGUAACGAAUGCACCCACCCCACGUGCCAGCAUUCUCUUAGCAUGCUUGGAAUUGGGCAGUGUGUUGAAUGUGAGAAUGGGGUUCUGGUGCUGGACUCGACAUCAGGUCCCAAGUGGAAGAUGGCCUGCAACAAAUGCAACGUGAUUGUGCAUUUCUUUGAGAACGCUCACAAGGUGCGAGUGUCGGCCGAGACCUGCGACUUGUGCGACGCGGCCCUGGUCGACGUAGAUUUUAACAAAGCCAAAGCUCCUCUGCCUGGGGACGAGACCCAGCAUUCAGGCUGCGUGUUCUGUGACCCUGUGUUUCAAGAUCUGGUAGAGCUGAAACAUGCAGCCAUGAGGCACCCCAUGCACCGUGGGGGACAAGGCAAAAGGCAAGGCCGAGGAAGAGGUAAAGGCCGGAGGCCUGGAGGAAGGCUUAACCCAAAGAAACCCAAGGACAAAAUGGCAGCUCUGGCUGCUUACUUUGUAUAAUGGCCACACAACAGAAAAUAAACUUCUUAGAAAAAACUUGGUUCCCUUUAGGUUCAUUUUGAAAGUAUUUUUGGUCUUCGCUGCUUUCCUGUUCUUAGGGACUGAGGAAGCCUUUUAAGCUUUUCAUUGGAAUUCAUUGGCCUGAGUAGAGCUCACAAGCAGUAGGAAAAGCCAAGGAUGUCUACCUUGACUGUUACUUGUGGCUGAUAGAAGGAAAAUAAAAUUUCCCCUUUCUGACAUUUCUGGGGUCUCUGUCAGCAAUACAAGUGCCAGGAUUGCAAGAGCUGGUUGGGAUCAGUGUUAGGCUGCUGCAGUGUAAAAUUUAGGUGUAGAAUGAGAUUUGGCUCAUCAGCCUUUGAGUUUUCCAAACCAGAAAGUAAUUGGUAGCCGCCAGGUUUUCAAAUCACAUCUGCAGUAGCAAGAGCGCUGCUUCAAAUCUCCCUCUUCUGCUUAUGAGAAUAAUGCCAAGAACUUCAUAAAAUGGAAAUGAUAAAUUUAAAGGGGAAUGUCUGCCUUGAGCAGUGAUUUGCAAAUAAUGGUCUGUGCAGCCAUGUAUCUUUUGGUCAGUGGGUUCCUGUUUAAUGAGACCUCUUCCUGCUGCUGGAGUUUGGGUAGAGUACUCAUGCUCUUCUUUUCCUGUGUUCACUCAGCUGAUUACAUACAAUCUGUACUGUCUGUACCCCACUUUGGCAUUUCAGUGCUGGUUAGAUUUAUUGCCAAAAAGAGGGUGACCUCUUGUUUUUAGAGCCCUAUUGGACUGUUGGGUGCCACAUUUCACAAUCCAGCUGUACAAAUACAUAAUACUUUCUCCUUUCCUUCCAUGU